AUGACUGAAAGUCUGAAACCUUUUGGCGGAAUCAUAGUAAUUAGUAACCCUUCUUUGAAGCUUGUAGGCUCCUUCAUAAUGGGAUUUUCAACAUGGGGUUCGUUAGGUUCUCAUGUUGUGGUGGGAGGCUCUCGAUUUCAUCAAAGACGAAUCAAGUUUCAGUCUUUCAGUACAACAGAGCAGAACACUCUUAAUUUCAAGUUCCCAAAGCGGAGGCUUACUCAAGUGGGGGUUUCUCUGAGUAAACAAGAGUCAAUUGAAUUUGAUGAGAGGAAAAGCCCAGAUGAGGUUAAAGAGGAGAUCAAACGAUGUUAUGACCUCAUAAACAGACAAGGGAGAGGAGUUGUGUAUCUGGGUUCUUCAAGGAUGGGGCCCAGUCAUUCACAUUACAUGCGAGCACAAGAGCUGGCUAAAGAGAUAGCAAAUCUUUUAGACUGCACUUCAUGGUCUGGAGCUGGACCAGGGCUAAUGGAUGCUGUCACUCAAGGUGCUAUGCAAGCAGGAAAACCAGUCGGUGGACUCAAGAUUGGAAGGGAGCCAGGGGAGUCGACAAGCUCCAAUGUCCAUCCUUAUUUACCUUCCGAAACCUACUUCACUUGCAGGUUUUUCUCAGCAAGGAAACAUGGACUGGUGGAUGCUGCAGUGAGGAACAAGUCAUCUGAUAAGACUGCCUUUGUUGCUCUUCCUGGUGGUGUUGGCACUCUAGAUGAGAUGUUUGAGAUUAUGGGGUUAAUACAGCUUGAACGGAUUGGAUCAAAGCUUCCCAUUCCCUUCAUCUUGAUGAACUACGAUUCGUUCUAUUCAAAGCUGCUUGACUUUCUGGAUUCUUGUGAGGAUUGGGGCACUGUCUACAAAGGAGAGGUUGCAUCCCUGUGGAAGGUUUGUGAAAGCAACUCACAGGCUUUGGCUUACCUUGCUGAGUUCUAUAACAUCUCUUGCAAUGAUCCAAGGAAGAAAGAAACCGCAUUGGAAAGCAUCUAGAUAGGGAAUGUCUUUUCCCUUCUAUUUUUAAGCAUCAAAUAAUUUCUUUCAUGAAAAAGCUCAAUUGUAGAAUGUUUAAUAAACUGUUCGUUUGGAUGGAAGAUAACGUAAGGGAAAGAGGGGUUAUAUUGAGAGCUUUUCCUUUCAGGGGAGACCUUAACGUGGGGGAUGGAUCCUGAGAAUUGUGACCCCCCCACCCCCCAAAAAAAAACCAAAAUAAAAAGCAGUGCCUCUGGCCAAGGAGGUGGAAACUUACCAGUAAAUAAUAAAUUUCCUGUUCAAUUA